AUGUGCAUGCAACACCGAUUUCGAAGGGAACCAGCAAACAUACCAUCCAGCAGUAACCAGCGAUUUCAAGGGGAACCGGCAAAUGUACCAUCCAGCAGCAGUAACCAGAGCACUGGCAGCAACCACUCGAACUCGGGUUAUUCCUUGCUAACGCACAACGUGAAUAAGCGCAAUAGGCGGGGUCGACCUUCCAUACACAUCACCAUCGGAGAAGCCGAGGCGGGCAGGAAACGUGACAAAAUCCCCCUCCCAGCUUCUGCCUCCCCCGCACUUAUUAGGCUCUGCAAUGAAGCUUUCGAUAUUGACACAUCCUAUCUAGCCAUUGUGGAUUACCGGGGGUCAUCCGAUGGAGAUGAGCUCUUAGGAAGAACCAGGUUUUUCUUGGCUCUACGAGGCAUCCAUGUCAGAGAAGAGGAGCUAACGAUUUCUCUAAAGGCAACCAUCUUAUCAACCAUCCGGUUCGCGAGACCAACUGCUAUGCAUAAUCUCCGAAAACUCAGUCUGGGGUAUACUUGGAAGAUGGUCAAAGCGGCGGAUGGAAGAUGUGCCCCGGAAUCCGUCAGGAAAGCCAGAUGGCUUCUCGACUCCUUGCAGUUUCCUAACGCCAGAGACUAUCCAACAGUGAACGGUAUCGUAACUUUCCCCCCGGCAGCAGGGGACGUCCCCACCGGCGCUACCAUGAUAGCACAGGCCAACGCAAACCUUCCUAAGACAGGAAGAUUCAUCAACCCAGUUUUUGGGAACAUGGUGUGGGCCUUGGCGAUCCACCACUGCGUCUACGAGCGGAAUCCAGAAAUGUUUCGCAACGUCGAAGUCUUUCCCGAAAAUAUCAUCAUUUUGUCGUUCUUAUCGGCAGUCAAUAUUCUGUUGAGUGUUGGUCGGAAUUCCAAAAUCAAGCUUAGGUUUGAAUUCCAAGAGACGUCAGAGCUUCACAAUUUUGUGGUGUCAUCAAUCCAAACCAUUAAAGCAAAUCCGGUCUAUCGCGUCCCAUAUAACAUCUGGCUAACGAAAAUAAUCGACGCUCUUCCUUCAAGUUCAAAUUCUCGUGAUGGCAUGUCGCCUCCCUUUCCAGUAGAUGAGUAG